AUGGCAGUCCUACAUGCGGAAGAGCGUGAGUCUACAGUGUUGGCACUCCUGAAGGCCAUAGGAGCGUAUUGGGUCUUUGUAGUCCCUUUGGUGCUGCUUGUCAGGUUUGCCUACUACCGAUACGUCUCUCCGUUGAGAAAAUACCCUGGGCCCUUGUUGGCGUCCGGAAGCAGAGCAUGGAAAGUAUGGAGUACCUGGGCAGGUCACACUGAGAUGGACCACAUCCGAAUCCACGAAAGAUAUGGUCCGAUCGUACGCAUCGCCCCUGACGAAGUAUCACUGGCGUCUCCGACAGCCGCGCGAGAAGUCCUAGCAGCAGGCAAAGGCUUCCACAAGACAGACUUUUACUGGGUGUUCCCGCCGCCAGAGAAUCCAGAUAUCUUUACUGAAAUCCGUGAGGACGUCCAUGCGAUCAAGAAGCGGCAUGCAUCCCAUCCGUACAGCAUGGCGACAAUGCAUACCAUGGCUUUGUUCAUUGAGGACACGCAGCGACUCCUCAUGAGCAAGCUCGACAGGAUGUGCAAGGCUCAAGAUCAGUACUGCAAUCUGGGUAACUACCUCCACUACUUUGCCUUUGAUGUCCUUGGAGAAGUAGCGUUCUCGCGGAAGUUUGGAUUCCUGGAAGCUGGCUUCGAUGUCGAGGGUGCCAUCAAGACCAUCGACGAUGUGCAGUGGUAUGACGGGAUAGUAGGCCAAAUUCCAGAAUGGGAUUAUGUCUUCCGCCGGAACCCUCUCUGGAAGUUCGUUCCUUGGCUCAGAGCUGGCAACUUCUUGAUCACGCGGAUGGCCGUUGAAGAGAUGGAUAAACGUAAGAGGUUCGGCAAACCACAGGAAAGGAAAGACUUGCUCUCGCAACUGUUUGAUGCCCAUGCCAAGGCUCCUGAUGCCUUCAAAGAAGGCGAUAUCUUCGCUGUAGCACACGGCGCAAUUAUGGCUGGGUCAGACUCUACCGCAUCGACAAUGCAGAGCUUCAGCUACCACGUCCUGCGAGAUCCGGCCAUAUACGCCAACCUCAAGCGAGAGCUCGACGAGGCGACAGCAUCCGGCAAACUAUCAGAGAUGCCCCAAUGGAGCGAAGCGCAGUCCCUGCCAUACUUCCAAGCUUGUCUGAAAGAAGCCAUGCGCCUCAGACCAGCGGUCGGUCUCAACAUCUGUCGACUCGUGCCAUCAGCGGGCGCAGAGAUUGGGGGUCAAUUCUUCCCAGGAGGCACCCGAAUCGCACUGAAUGGCUGGGUCCUGCAUCGUGACAAGGAGAUUUUUGGCCACGAUCCAGAAACUUUCCGACCUGAACGCUGGCUCGAAGGCGAUGCGAAAAUGAUGGAGAGGUUCAUGUUCCAAUUUGGCGGCGGCGCACAUCUGUGCAUCGGUAAGAAUCUGGCUUUGCUAGAAAUGAACAAGACACUGCCGCUGCUAUUCCGCGAUUACGAAAUGCAGUUGUUGCGGCCGGACGAGGAGCUCCAGUACCACUCGACCUUCUUCGUCGUGCAGUCUGGCUUGGAGGUGCGCAUUUCGCAGCGUAGGAAAGCUUGA